CGCGAGGUUUGCCCUCCGCCCGGCCUGCACUGCGGUGUUUCCCGCGCGGGCUAUCCCAGUUCGCGGGCGUACGGCGCGGCCUUUCCUACCGCUGCCGGCGCCGCCACGGUCAUGGGUUUCCUGAAGCUGAUUGAGAUCGAGAACUUUAAGUCGUACAAGGGUCGACAGAUUAUCGGACCAUUUCAGAGGUUCACCGCCAUCAUUGGACCCAAUGGCUCUGGUAAGUCAAAUCUCAUGGAUGCCAUCAGCUUCGUGUUGGGUGAGAAAACCAGCAACCUACGGGUAAAGACCCUGAGAGACCUGAUCCAUGGAGCUCCUGUGGGCAAGCCAGCUGCCAACCGGGCCUUUGUCAGCAUGGUCUACUCUGAGGAGGGUGCUGAGGACCGCACCUUUGCCCGAGUCAUUGUUGGGGGUUCCUCUGAGUACAAGAUCAACAACAAAGUGGUCCAGCUACAUGAGUACAGUGAAGAAUUAGAGAAGUUGGGCAUUCUUAUCAAAGCUCGUAACUUCCUCGUCUUCCAGGGUGCUGUGGAAUCUAUUGCCAUGAAGAACCCCAAAGAGAGGACAGCUCUUUUCGAAGAGAUCAGUCGCUCUGGGGAGCUGGCCCAGGAAUAUGACAAGCGAAAGAAGGAGAUGGUAAAAGCUGAAGAGGACACGCAGUUUAACUACCAUCGAAAAAAAAAUAUUGCAGCUGAACGCAAGGAGGCUAAACAGGAAAAAGAAGAGGCUGACCGCUACCAGCGCCUGAAGGAUGAGGUGGUACGAGCUCAGGUACAGUUGCAACUUUUCAAACUUUAUCAUAAUGAAGUGGAAAUCGAGAAGCUCAACAAGGAACUGGCCUCUAAGAACAAGGAGAUUGAGAAGGAUAAGAAGCGGAUGGACAAGGUAGAAGAUGAGCUGAAGGAGAAGAAGAAGGAGCUGGGCAAAAUGAUGCGGGAGCAGCAGCAGAUUGAGAAGGAGAUCAAGGAGAAGGACUCAGAGCUGAACCAGAAGCGGCCUCAGUACAUCAAAGCCAAGGAGAAUACCUCUCACAAAAUCAAGAAGCUAGAAGCAGCCAAGAAGUCCCUACAGAAUGCUCAAAAGCAUUACAAGAAACGUAAAGGUGAUAUGGAUGAGCUGGAAAAGGAGAUGCUGUCAGUGGAGAAAGCUCGGCAGGAGUUUGAGGAACGGAUGGAAGAGGAGAGUCAGAGUCAGGGCAGAGAUUUGACCCUGGAGGAAAAUCAGGUGAAGAAAUAUCACCGGUUGAAAGAAGAAGCCAGCAAGAGAGCAGCUACCCUGGCCCAGGAGCUGGAGAAGUUCAAUCGAGACCAGAAGGCUGAUCAGGACCGGCUGGAUCUGGAAGAGCGGAAGAAAGUAGAGACAGAGGCCAAGAUCAAGCAAAAGCUGCGAGAGAUUGAAGAGAAUCAGAAGCGGAUUGAGAAGCUGGAGGAAUACAUCACGACUAGCAAGCAGUCCCUAGAGGAGCAGAAGAAGUUAGAGGGGGAGCUGACAGAGGAGGUGGAGAUGGCCAAGCGGCGUAUUGAUGAGAUAAAUAAGGAGCUGAACCAGGUGAUGGAGCAGCUGGGGGAUGCCCGCAUCGACCGCCAGGAGAGCAGCCGUCAACAGCGAAAGGCAGAAAUUAUGGAAAGCAUCAAGCGCCUGUACCCUGGCUCUGUGUAUGGCCGCCUCAUUGACCUCUGCCAGCCCACACAAAAGAAGUAUCAGAUUGCUGUAACCAAGGUUUUAGGCAAGAACAUGGAUGCCAUUAUCGUGGACUCAGAGAAGACGGGCCGGGACUGUAUUCAGUAUAUCAAGGAACAGCGUGGGGAGCCUGAGACCUUCUUGCCUCUUGAUUACCUGGAGGUGAAACCUACAGAUGAGAAACUCCGGGAGCUGAAGGGGGCCAAGCUGGUGAUUGAUGUGAUUCGCUAUGAGCCACCUCACAUCAAAAAGGCCCUGCAGUAUGCUUGUGGCAAUGCCCUUGUCUGUGACAACGUGGAGGAUGCCCGCCGCAUUGCCUUUGGAGGCCACCAGCGCCACAAGACAGUGGCACUAGAUGGGACCCUGUUCCAGAAGUCAGGGGUGAUCUCUGGUGGGGCCAGUGAUCUGAAGGCCAAGGCCCGGCGCUGGGAUGAGAAAGCAGUAGACAAGUUGAAAGAAAAGAAAGAGCGGUUGACAGAAGAGCUGAAGGAACAGAUGAAGGCAAAGCGGAAAGAAGCAGAACUACGUCAGGUGCAGUCUCAGGCCCACGGACUACAGAUGCGGCUCAAGUACUCACAGAGUGACCUAGAACAGACCAAGACACGACAUCUAGCCCUGAAUCUACAGGAAAAGUCCAAGCUAGAGAGUGAGCUAGCCAACUUUGGGCCUCGCAUCAAUGACAUCAAGAGGAUCAUCCAGAGCCGAGAAAGGGAAAUGAAAGACUUAAAGGAGAAGAUGAACCAGGUAGAAGAUGAGGUUUUUGAAGAGUUUUGUCGGGAGAUUGGUGUGCGCAAUAUCCGCGAGUUUGAGGAAGAGAAGGUGAAACGGCAGAAUGAAAUUGCCAAGAAGCGUUUGGAAUUUGAGAAUCAGAAGACUCGCUUGGGCAUCCAGUUGGAUUUUGAGAAGAACCAACUGAAGGAGGAUCAGGAUAAAGUACACAUGUGGGAGCAGACAGUGAAAAAAGAUGAAAAUGAGAUAGAAAAGCUCAAGAAGGAGGAGCAAAGACACAUGAAGAUUAUAGAUGAGACCAUGGCCCAGCUGCAGGACCUGAAGAAUCAGCACCUGGCCAAGAAGUCAGAGGUGAAUGACAAGAACCACGAGAUGGAGGAGAUUCGUAAAAAACUAGGGGGCGCCAACAAGGAAAUGACCCAUUUACAGAAGGAAGUGACAGCCAUUGAGACCAAGCUUGAACAGAAGCGCAGUGACCGCCACAACCUGCUACAGGCCUGCAAGAUGCAGGACAUCAAGUUGCCACUGUCUAAAGGCACCAUGGACGAUAUUAGUCAGGAAGAGGGUAGCUCCCAGGGGGAGGAUUCAGUGAGUGGCUCCCAACGAACCUCCAAUAUCUACGCACGAGAGGCCCUCAUCGAGAUUGACUAUGGUGACCUGUGUGAGGAUCUGAAGGAUGCCCAGGCUGAAGAGGAGAUCAAGCAGGAGAUGAACACACUGCAGCAGAAGCUGAAUGAGCAGCAGAGUGUGCUCCAGCGUAUUGCUGCCCCCAACAUGAAGGCCAUGGAAAAACUGGAAAGUGUCCGAGACAAGUUCCAGGAGACCUCAGAUGAGUUUGAGGCAGCCCGAAAGCGAGCCAAGAAGGCCAAGCAGGCAUUCGAACAGAUAAAGAAGGAGCGCUUUGACCGCUUCAAUGCUUGUUUUGAAUCUGUGGCCACCAACAUUGAUGAGAUCUACAAGGCCCUGUCCCGUAACAGCAGUGCCCAGGCAUUCCUGGGCCCUGAGAACCCCGAGGAGCCUUACUUGGAUGGCAUCAACUACAACUGUGUGGCUCCUGGCAAACGCUUCCGGCCUAUGGACAACUUGUCAGGCGGGGAGAAAACAGUGGCAGCUCUGGCCCUGCUCUUUGCCAUCCACAGCUACAAGCCAGCCCCCUUCUUCGUCCUGGAUGAGAUCGAUGCUGCUCUGGAUAACACCAACAUUGGCAAGGUGGCAAAUUACAUCAAGGAGCAGUCAACAUGCAACUUCCAGGCCAUCGUCAUUUCUCUCAAGGAGGAGUUCUACACCAAGGCUGAGAGCCUCAUUGGCGUCUACCCCGAGGUAGGGCGGGCCUGGCUCAGGAGCCAGCCCCACUUCCUGCCUGACUCCCCAGGGCAGGAAGGGAAGGCUGCAGCAGAGGGGCAUGGGGGUGGGGGAGCAUAGGGACUCAGGUCCUGAAUGGCCGUCUGGGCUUGUUGGAGCCUUGCCCCAGAGGCUUAGCCAACCCAGCUGGGCAGGGCCAUUGCAUUUGGGGACAGGUGGAAAGGCCAGGCAGAGGCAGCCAGACAGCAGAGAAAAGGAGGAAAGUGCAGAGGUAGGCAGGGAGAGAAGGCACAUGGGACCGAGCACAUCCUCUUACACCCAGAGAACCAUUGCCUGGGCUUUGGGCAGGUAUGUAGGGAGGAGGGUUAGAGGCCCCCAGUCCUGGGGUGCUAGACCCCUCUUAAUUCUCUCCUUACAAUUUUAUUUUUCUUUUUCUCCCUCCUCCUUCAGCAAGGGGACUGUGUGAUCAGCAAAGUCCUGACCUUCGACCUCACCAAGUACCCAGAUGCCAACCCCAACCCCAAUGAGCAGUAGCAGUAGUUCUGCCCUCCUGCCCUGUCUGGAUCCCUAAGCUGCCCCUCUCCCAAUCUCUGGAUAUUUGGCUCCCAACCUUCCCCUACCUCCUGUCCCUGUUUGGUAUAUAUCAUGGGAUUUAGGCACUGCUAUCAAGCACGAAGAGGAACAGAGGUGAUGUUAGUUCUGGAGCAAAAAUUCCUGAGCUUCAGGGAGCAUCCUGGCCUCUGAAAGGAGGUGCUGAGCUGAGCUGAACUGAGCUGAACAGGGCCAUCUCUCCAUCCCUCCUCCUCCCAUCCCAGACCUUCCCCCAUCACCCAUAAUCAUGGGUCCUGUGGGAUGCCUUUCAUUUUGCUUGUGUGUGGGUAUGUAUGUGUGUGUAUAUGUGUCUGCAUGUGUGCAUGUGGGUGUGUUUGCAAAAUAAUAAAGAUAUUGGAGACCCAUUUUAGAAGGAGCCUAGGCUGAAUUUGAUUCCAAGAGAGCUUAGUAUGACAGCACCCCGGAGCUGGGCAAAGGUAUUCCGGACCUCAUAGGAUUCAGGCAGUUAUAUGAAACCACCCUCAUUCAUUCAUUCAUGUUUUCAUUCAUUUGUGUGUUUAUCAAACAUGUACUGAACAUCCUCUAUUUGUCAGUCUCUAAGCUAAGAAUACAGAACUGAAUGAAACAUGAUCUCUACCCUCCUACUAAGGAGAUGCUAGUCAGUUCAUGAGUUCCUGUAGUUAGCUGAAUCAUGUAUAGGUUCUUUGAAUUUGAAAAGAGGACGAUCACCUCCAGGCUUCCUGGAGGUCACAUUUGAGCUGGACCUUGACAAAUUGGUAGGAUUUGGUUGGGUAAUAGGAGCAGAGCCUCGGCUCUGGGGGCAGUUCUAGUCCCAUUUUUUUUAUCACUUACUAGUUUGAUGCUGGGCAAGUCAUUGGACCUUUCUGUGCCUCAGUUUCCUCAUCUGUAAAAUGGGGCUAACAGUGUUUACCUACCUCAUAGGAUUUAAUGAUGUCAAUCUCCUCACUGGAGGCCUUAUCCCUGCUUGGAGCCCACGAGGUGCCAACCCCUCAGAACUAUAAGCCUUGUUAUGCCUAACCUCUGAGGGCUUCUAAUCCCACUUGUUAGGGAUAGAAGGAGCCUCGAAAUUGGGGAAAUUCUGAAUGCCCUGGUUAUUGGGAAAGUUCCAGGGCACUGAUGGGGUUUAACCUGGUUAAAUGGAGGGCCUAAGGAACCCUGUAGCUUCAAUCAUGUAUGAUAACUCAGUGCCUAGGCCCCAACCUGGAUUAUGAAGAAGUAGGGGAGAGGUAGCCUGGGCCACAUCCCAGCCGAAUGCGUGUUAUGUUCCUUUUGUGAACUAACCGCAUUAGUUGUAGGGGCUGUGCAGAGGCAGCGUGGUCUGCUGCCAUGAGGUCAGUCUUUGCUUGUUCACAUACACCGUCAGACCAUCACCUUGUCCUGAUCUAUAUACUAAAUUUUUGUUUUUUUCAAGUUAAGUCAGUUCUAAUUACCCAAGUAAUGUACGAAUCCAUUUUCUUUUUAAGAAAUUAAAUUGUUACAAAUAAGUAUAGCUUCAUUUGGCUACCAUUCCCCCUCCCCCUCUUAAUUACUGUCAUGUCUGUUGUACAUCCAUCUCGACUUUAGGACUUUUACACAUGAGUUCAUUGAAAACAUUGUGUUCAAUGCAGAUGGUAUAUUGAAUCAUUCUGCAGUUUGCUUUCUUUGCUUAGCAAUGUUUUAGAGAUCUAUGCAUGUUGCUAAAUGUAGAUAUAGUUCAUCCUUUGUAAUUGUUACAUAGAUUGUCAUGAUGUGACUCUGCCUCAUUUUAUUUACCCAUUUCUCUUAUGAUGGACAAUAAGACUGUUUUCUGUUUUUGCUGUUAUAGGAUACUACACAGCAUUGUGUGUGUGUGUGUGUGUGUGUGUGUGUGCACGCGCAUGUGUGAAUGAGAGAAAAUUUACCUAGGGUUGAUUCCUAGAAGUUGAAUUGAAGAGUCAUAGGCUAUUUAUAUUUUUGUUUUUAAUAGAUACUUCCAAAUUGCCCUCCUGUACUAUUUACUCAAUAUUUUUCUUGAGGUUGUCUUAGCUCUAAUAUUGUCAUCUACUUCAGUUUCAUCCUAAGUAGUAAUAACCGUGAAACCAUGGGUUUGAUGUGCUAAGUAUGUAUUUUUCUAAUACAUAUUAAAAGGCAUAACUAUCAAAACAAAAUAAAUUUGUCUUUGUUCAACCAAAGAAGUCACAUACCAUUUAGUGGUAUGUGUACCGUAAUUUGGGAAAUACUGGCAUAUGUGGAAAAGCACAAUUUGGGAGUCACCCUGGUUCAAAUCCUAGCUGUAGAAACUUGAGCCCGUUACCUCACCUCCCUGAGCCUCCCUUUCCUCACGUAGGAAAGGAGAUAACAUACACCUACCUGGCAGUGGUGUAAGGAAGAUGAAAUACAUCUGAAGCAAUUUGGCUGGCACCUACAUCAUCAUUGGUAGCAAUUGCUUUUCUCCACUUUAUAGAUGAGAAUGAGGCCCAGGAAGGUUAAGUAACCCAGUUGCCAGGUAACAGUGAAGGUCUGAACCCAGACGCUCCAAUUCAGUCUUGUGCUUUUGCCACUGUGAGGGUGGUUAUCAACCGUGGCUGUGCACCAGAAUCACCUGUGAAGCAUUUUCUUUUUCCAUUUUGAAAAAUCAAAGCAAUAUAUACACUGGUUAGAAAAUAAAAUAGUACAGAAGGGCUUAUCAUGAAAAGCAGCAGUUACCUGUUGCACCCCCAUGUCCAAAGGAUAUGGAGCUCCUUGCUCUGGUCCCACCCCUGGAAAUCUAAUUCAGUAGGUGUGGGUAAUAAUCUGGGUAACUAAUCCCUACCUCACAAGGUAGAAAGCAUUGCAUGAGAUGCAAUGGGCUAAGGCCCUGGUACAUAGGAACACAAGUGCUGUAAAGGAUUUAAAUCCUGAGGAUCAGAGAUGUGAGAUGACUUAUCUGAGAUCCUAGUUGGUUCAGUGAAACCUAGACUUCAGCUGGGAUCUCCUCUGUGCUUGCCCACUGUUUUUCCUUGUGCCAUACUGCCUCCUAUUAUCACAAGGCAACACCUGCUCAGCAAAGGGUGUGCCCAGAGCAGAGCAGAUAGCCUGGUGUGUUUCCAAGAGCAAGCUGGAUUUAGAGUGGAAUCCCUAGGUCUGGGUGAAGGACACUAGAUUGGCUUGCUUAUGUUCUGGACCCAAUAGCCUUGGUCUAGGUAGUUGACAUGACAAUCUCUACCUUUAAUUGGUCACUUCUCUCUGGGAAUCACGGUGUUGAGCACCAGGGAUGCAAACACGAGUCAACUCUUUAUCCUGCCUUUGAGGAGCUUACUGUCUCUCUGGGGAGGCAAAUCAUAAAAGUGUGAUCAAUGCUCUGAUAGGAACAUGGAUAAAGGAGGAGCAUCUAGCUUAGGUAGAGGCCAGGGAAGCAUCCUAGUCUAUAAGGUGACACCUGAACUGAGUUUUGAGGAACUGGCAGAAAUUAGCCAGUUGAGGAGGACAUGGAAGCAAUUUCCAGGUAGUGGCAACAGUAGGCACAAAGACCUGAAGACAAGAAUCAGUUAAGCACUUCAGAAAUACUGAAACAAGGUUUCCUGUGCUGAGGAAAAGCAGCAGAAAAUGAAGCUGGAGAGGUAGUCGACCAGACCUGAAGAGGGUCAUAGGAGCCUGGCAAGAGCAGAUUUGCCUCAUAAGACAGUGUGGUUCCCAGACUGGCUUUGCACCAGAAACGCCUGGAACAUCCUGGACCCCAACCUCUAAAAAGUCAAUUUCCAUAGUUGGGGUGGGGGGCUCAGGAUCUUGAGUGCUUAUAAAGAUAAGCACAUGAGUAGGGUGCAGCCAGGUUUAGGAAUUGUGGGCUGGAGGCUGAGGGCAGCCAUGAAGUACUUUUGAGCAAGGGCGACGUCACAUUAGAUGUGAUUUUAACAAACCCCUUUCUGACCAGCCAGUGUGGAAAUGGAUUAUGUUAGAUGCUCAUGCUGUAUGCUCUUAUGCCUGUAGCUUUCCUGCUGUUCAAUUCUCACACUGUUUUAUAUUUGCUUGUUUUGUCUCUGAAUAAGCUGUAAACACCAUAAGGGUGGUUCUGGGGUUAUCUUGCUAGUGGUAUAUCCCCAGCAGUAAGCACGAUGCCUGAGACAAAACAGGUACCCAGUAAAUAGUUUUUGCAUGAAUGAAUGUAUGAAUGAAUGCAUUUGUGAUGGAGAGAAUGGAGACAGAUUAGUUAGGGAACUAUUGAAAAUACCAGGCCUGCUCAAGGGCCAAGGAAGUGGGGAUGGAUUGGAGGUGAUAAGGUGUGAGCUAUCAAGGGAAGAUGAUGAACCAGACUUGGUGACUGAUUAUUGGAUAUGGAGGGUGACUGAGGAUAGAAUGAAUAGCUAAGAUUCCUACCCUAUCUCAGUCACUCUCCUUCCCCAUCCAUCUGAAUCAGAAUCUCCUCCCAGCCUCCUCAGCAACUAGAAUUACCCUUUCAAGUUAGGUAAAUGUUCUGUGUGCUGUGUGGUCUUCCCCCUCCCCCUCCUCCCCCCCCGGCCAUUGAUUCAUUCAUCCAGUUCAAUAAAUCUUGGCUGAGCACCUCCUGUGUGCAGUGAGGCUCUUCUAAGCCAGGACUCUGACUCCUUCUUUCCUACCUCAGAUGUUUUUGAGGGCUUCCCCAGAUACAACUCAUGUCCCUUAUAUACAGUAACCUAAAGGGAGAUGCCCAGAUGUCAGGCCUGUAAGGGAACUUACAGACUUUGUCCAACCCCUUCCUGAGACUCAGAGGGGAAGGAACUUGCCCAAGGCCCCACUACUAGGAAGUGUUGGAGCCAGAACUGGAACCUAGGUUCUCUUUCCUCAUCAUCCCUAGAGCUUUGAUUUCUCCCAUUGCAGAUCAAGACAGGCAGAGGAGGCCAGGGAGAAGGUAGGACUUAGGUUGUUGGCCCUGAAGGUCGAUGUACUGGACAGGCCAACAAGAAGCUUGCCAAUUACACUGCCCCCUUCUGGAAGCCUUCAGCAGACCUGCCAUGCCCACAGUCCCUUCUAAAGGGUUUCUUAAGCAUGAGUCGCCAUGCUCUGUACCAUGUGACCUCACAAUCCUGGCCACAGAUGUUUAAGUCGGGUAGCAUCUUACUCAAGGACAGCCAGUUUCUAGGCUGGCUAGUGGCCUGUUAGGUCGACUGACAUAAGAACUCUACUUCCUAGGGAUGGCUUGUGUCAAAUGGCAAUUGUAUGAAACAAUCAGAUCCUUUUUCAGGGAGGCCAAAUUUGAGGCAUUCGGAAGAAGAGAACAAUUAAUUAGAAUUUAGCAAGGCAGAAGUGGUGGUGGAUGAGGGGGUGUCAAACUGAACAGUGAAAGCAAGGAGAAAGCUGCAGAAACCAUGAGACAUAAGAAUGUGGGGCCACAAGGUAGCAGAAGCCAUGAAGCAGCAAGACAAUGGGCCAGAAGGACACACAAGCCAUGAAGCAAUAGGAGCCAUGAUGUAGCAGUAGCCGUGAGGAACAGAAACCAUGAAACAAAACCCUGAAUCUGUGAGAUCCACAAAGCAGCAGAAGGCUUGAACAGACAAGAUCCACGAGGCAGCAGAAGCGAUGAGACUGCAAGAGCCACAAGAUAGCUGGAACUGUGUGGCAGCACGGCAACAGGAAUCAAAGAGGCAGCAGGAUAUACAAGGCAAGCAGAAGUUACAGCACAGAGAAGCCCUGGAUCCAUUGGAACUGAAGCCCCAGAAGCCAGGAAGCUGCAGGAGCCAGGAGGCCCAGAAGCUGUGAGGCUCCAAAGGCCAUAGGCUAGCGAAGAAGAGAGCAGAGAGAAAGUAGUCAGUAGCAGUAGGAGGAGUAUAAAUACAGCCAGAAAGAAGUUGAGUCACCAUUUUGGGAAGCACUAGAGAAGGGAGCAACAGAUGCCUGCAGCUGAGGGGGUGAAAAGAUAAGCCAGGCUCUAGAGCUGCUUUGGAUCAUGAACCAUUUUCAAGUUUCUGUUCUGUGAGGCUGCCUGUGUAGCUGUUUUUGUCUUCCUUAUUUCCCUGUGAAUGCUUCAAUAAAUCUCCAUCACUAACUUG